AUGAUCAACACUGCGCACCGGCGAUGGGCGCGCUGCCUAGUGGCAGCAUCUGUCGUGGCACUGUGCAUGGCUGGCGACGGCCAGGGCUGCGGGCCAGCAGUGCACAACGAAGUGGCCGAGCGGGCGCGGCAGUGGUUUGUCUCGCCGCAGGGUGCGUCCAAUAAUGGUGCCGUAGCAAAGUACCGCUCGAUCCUUGACAGGCAAGUGUCCUCUCUGCAGGCGGGCGUGGCGUUUCCAGACUGGGGCUACGGCUGCAUGUCGAUGGAUGAACCGGCGGAGGCGGCCCACUGGACGCCAUUCCUCGAGGUUGGUGUUGCGUACCUCCUGCGCACGUACUCGCAGCCAUACAGCGCGCAGGCUGAGCAGCUGGUUGCAUUUCUCUUUGGCAUUGCGUCGCACCAGGUGGCUGACGAGCAGUGGCACAGCCUCGGGGGCCUGCGCGACGGCUUCAUGGUGGCCCUGGCCAACUCGACCUUUGGCGGCGAGUACUCCCGGGCGCACGACGUGCUGGAUGUCGGCGGCGACUUUGCCAUGGCGCACAUGGACGGCCUGCGCUACAUUCUGGACAAGUGGUUGGUCCCCGUGGACGACGUGCUUGCCAUCUACAGCGAGAUGGGCCUACAGGUGGCGCAGUGGCGAAUGAAGGUGUGCAUUACCCGGCAGUUCUAUGCCAUGGAGGCGGUCAAGCGCUUUGGAAUGGGCAUGUUUCCGUCGUACGCGUCGAGGGCGCCGAUGCUGACGGAGCGCAUUGUCGACUACUAUAUUGGCGGCCUGUCUGCCAUGGCAGCCGGGACUGCCGACUGCUGGCAUGCGCUGGUCGACUGGUUCGGCCAUGGCGACUUUUCAAAAAGGUGCCUGGUCAGCGACCGCCGCCAGCCGCAGCCGCGGCCAAACCGUACGCGUGCGUUUGGCGGCAAGUCACCAGCGCAGGCGCUGCUCGACGAGAUGUGGCCGCGCGAGCAGUGGAUGCAGAGUGUCGGCGACAGCAUUGCGGCAGUUGGCGACAGCAAGCCGUGGAUAGUGAGCGCCAGCAGCCUGCGCUUCCCGGCGCUGCCGCCAAAGCCAGCACAAAACAGCAAGGUAAAUGGCACUGUUCGUGGUAAUUCACAUACAAACAGGCAGCAUGCCUUUGCUCCCAAACACCAGCGCCUGUUAUCUCAAGACAGCCGGCCAGCCGCCUUUGAAGCGUGUGCUGAGCUCUCUACACUCUUCCCGCUGAUCAAGCAGCUCUACUCGACUAGCGCGUACUCUGGGUUUGGCACCGCAGUGGCGACCGGCGACUUUAGCGGCAGCGGGCACGCCAGCGUGGCUAUUAGCGCACCCUACUACGCAAACAGCAACGGCAACAGCAGCGCCGGCGCAGUGUUUGUGCUCAACAAGCUGGACAUCAGCUACGCGUUCUCGCAGCAGAACAUUGACGACGCGGAUCCCCAGGUUCUCUUGCCGCCAUUCAGUGCCAGCACGCGCUUUCUCGCGUUUGGGUCGGCGCUCGCAGUCAUCGAUUACAAUGCCGACGGCAUUGCCGAUCUGGCCGUGGGCAGCACCGCAUACGGGCCGGACCCGGCAGGCUCGCUGCUGGGCCGCGUUGACGUGUAUCUCGGCCACCAGGGCGCCGGCCUGUCCUCGGUGCCAGACUUUACGCUGACAGCCACACAGCUUUCAGAGUACACGGACAGCCCCUUCUCGCAGCAGCGCAUCGGCGGGUUUCUGUUUGGUGAGGACGUCAACAACGACGGGUUUGUCGAUCUGCUUAUCGGCGCGCCCUACCAUUCUGACGUGCCCUAUGAGACGCAUGCGGGCCGCAUGUCUGGGUACAUCUCGGGGCCGCGCGCGGGCCAGGGCAGCGGCCAGAUGGGCCCGCCGGACUUUACGCUGGUGUCUCCGCAGCGCCAGCCAUUUGAGUGGUUUGGGUUUUCGGCCCGUGCCGUGCACCUGAGCGAGACAAAUACCACGCUGCUGCUGGUGGGCGCGCCGGGCCACGCCCAGGCGGACCCAGACACAGGCGCAAACCAUACGCUGGCCGGCUCGAUAUAUGCAUUUUCUGUAAACGCAGCGGACCCAAAGGGGUCGCCACCAGAGUUCCGCGGCCUUCACUUUGCCGCGUCCAAGGGCAGCACGCAGCUCGGCAGCCAGAUGCACGUGUGGCAGACAAAUGGUUCAAGGCUGGUGCUUUUUGGAACGCCCUCGGAGCACAGCUCAGAGCUGGCUCAGGGUGGUCUGAUUGGCCCAGAGAAGCCCGCACGCGGCUGGCAGGCCGGCCAAGUGCGCGUGUUCGACCCGGCCCUGUGGAAUCCGGCCGACGCAACUGGUGUAAAUGGGAAAGAUGCCAAUAACCCCGUCGGGCUGCUCAGCACCCUGCGCGGCACGCAGAGUCCUGGCCAUUUCGGCCGUGCCCUGGCUUCGACGGCAACCGACCUGUGGAUCGGCGAGCCCUUUGGCCACACCGAGGACGGCAGGGUGCAUUGCUGGCGCGUGGGGCUCGAGCGACCCGAGUGCUUUUAUGCGGCAAACUACAUGGGCCGUGCGCGCCUGGGACACAGCAUACUGGUUGCGUCUGGAAGCGGAGAAUCCGAGCUGCUUGUAGUGACUGCUCCGCACGACAGCCAAUUCUCAAGGCUAUCUGGGAGCGUCUUGCUUUUGCAGCAGCAUUGA